AUGUCUUUUCAUCAACGUGAUGAAAUUCGAUGGAAUAAGAAAGGUUAUUACGAACGAUUCGAUGGCAAAAAGUAUUGGCGAAAGUUAUGCGUGGUCGAAGGAUGUAUGAAACGAGCAAAAGUACUCAAUUGGUGUAAACGACACUACACUGAACAGAAACAAAAAACUCUAUUAACAACAACUUCUACACCCGUUUCUCAACAAUCCUCAGCAUCAUCUCUUUCAACGUCGACGCCUUCGGACAGUAUUUUAUCAUCAAAUCUUCUGUUUCAUUCGACUCAUUACCACCACUUACAAGCUGUGUCUCAGAUACCAAUGCCACCACCGUCGUACUUGUACACAUCGACAUCAUCAUUACCGAUUCAAUCUCAGCCAGCCUAUCAUGUUCGGAAUGAAAUUCGUUUGAAUAAACGUGGUUUCCGAGAACAGUACGAUGGCAUUGGACAUUGGCGUCCGUUGUGUAUCUAUGAUCAGUGUAUGAAACGCGCAAAGAAGUUGUCGUACUGCAAACGGCACUAUACUAAGCUGAUGAAUGAAAAUCAAUUGUCUGUCAGUGUGACGAAGAAUGACCCUACUCCAAGUGAAUGA